UCUGCAAGUAUAAUUUGAAUUAUACUGAUAGAUUACAUUUUAUUUUAUGCGUUCAACAAGGCUCAAACCCCUUCUAAACCCCUGCAAAGAUUAUAGUUUUUGCAACGGUGGCGCCGUGAAUUACACUCUUUAGAGCUCUCCCUCUAAGACUCAGACAGAAAACACCUACUCGUGGAGUAAUUCUCAGCUAGGUGUGUGAUUCAGUCAAGAGACAGUGAUGAUGAUGUUCAGAGUUAGAAAAAGGUCUUUCAUCCUGGAUUCUCUAGCACGCUCCUUUAGCACACGCGGUGGCGAUUUUGUACCCAAUUACAGUAAGGAUGGUGCUAGAAGUAGUAGCACAAAUCAAGAGGGCAGAAGAAUGCCUCCAGAUCCCAUACCUAACAGGCCCUUGAGGUCAGAAAAACCCAAUCACCAGCGAAAAACUUUCAACCAAGGCCGUGGUGGUGCUGACCAAGGCACUUUCAACCAAGGCCGUGGCGGCACUGGGCCUACAAGAAUGGAUUCUAAUAAAGCUGGAAAUGCAUUCAAUAGCAGAAGCCCUCAGCAACCUAGUAAACCUCAAGCUGCUAACCUAGAUUUUCUUGAGAAAUUUAAGCUGGGGUUUGAUAAAGUAGAAAACACAAGUCCUCCAAAAAUUGAAACCAAUAACAAUGAUCAAGCAAUGGAGUUGUCCCAACCGGAAGAUGCGGAUGAAAUUUUUAAGAAAAUGAAGGAGACUGGCCUCAUCCCCAAUGCAGUCUCAAUGCUUCACGGCCUCUGCCAGGAUGGGCUGGUCCAGGAAGCUAUGAAACUGUUUAGUUUGAUGCACGAGAAGGGUACCAUUCCUGAAGUCAUAAUAUACACUGCCGUCAUUGAAGGUUUCUGCAAGGCUCACAAACUGGAUGACGCUAAGCGCAUAUUUAGAAAAAUGCAGGGGAAUGGAAUUACACCAAAUGCAAUUACUUAUGGCGUCUUAAUUCAGGGUCUUAUUAAAACAAAGAACUUGGACGAUGCCCUUCAGUUUUCUGUAGAGAUGCUCGAGGCAGGCCAUUCUCCUAAUCUUGCUACCUUCACAGGCUUAGUGGAUUGCUUUUGUCUGGAGAAAGGCCUGGAAGAAGCCCAAAAUAUGAUUAGAAUGCUGAAAGAGAAAAGUUUCUUCUUUGAGGAUAAAGCUGUUCGAGAAUAUCUUGACAAGAAAGGCCCAUUCUCUCAGUUGGUGUGGGAUGCAAUACUUGGGAAGUCAUGCUAGUACUUCUUUACAGUUUUUACAAAAGAUGUUUAGUUCUAGUUUCAAAAUCUUUUGUGUUUACUCAGGUUGUGUUCUUGGCUGCAAAAGAAUCAACGUUUGGAACUGAACUGUAAUGAAUAGAGUGCAUAAUUUCAAUUAUAUCAGUUAUUUAGCCUUU